UAAUAACUAAAAUGUGCUAAACAGUAUUAAAAGUUUUUAGUCGGAUUUUGAACUUGAAAGGUGUAGUACGUAUAACCACAAUUAAAACUAACAGAUACAUUUGCCAGUACUAAAGUCAAUAGCGUUCCCUACACAAACCAAAAAUGAUUAUUAAAAAUCCUUACAAUAUAGUUGUGCCGGCUUAUUUGGAUAAUGAAUUUUUCACUACAGCCUUAGAAGAGGGUCUUCGAGAAGCAAAAAUUAAUAUAACUGAAAUAAAUUUUGAAUGGGGCAGUAAUCCGGGCGAUAAUUACUGUUCGUGCAUAUAUCGUGUUGUUGUCUUAUACGAACGAUUGAGUGGCGAAUACAAUCAAAAAGAGCAAUUAAAUUUAAUAGUGAAGAGUAUACCGAUUACCAAAGAAACACAAUUUUUGGAAGAUGUGGGUGUAUUUAUCAAAGAAAAGAUAAUCUAUACAGAUAUUUUGCCGAGAUUAGAGAUUUUAGGACAAGAUUUUAAGUUUGGUGCAAAUUGUUAUUACACUAUUAAGUCACCAACUCAGACAAUCGUUUUUGAUGAUCUACAAGUGGAUGGAUUCAAAUUGGCAGCACGUCAAGAUGGUUUGGAUUGGCAUCACAGCCUUUUGUUGCUACAACAGCUGGGCAAAUUUCAUGCCACUUCAAUGGUUUUGGCUAGAAAGGAUCCAAAUAUAGUGAAACGUUUGAAGAAUGGCAUGCUCUGCGAAGACACAAUAAUUAAAUCAAACACCUACAAACAUAUAUUCGGUAGUACUUUAUUGCAAUUGAUUUCCUAUGUGAAAAACUGGCAGGGAUAUUUAAAUAUCACGGAACGUCUUGCUUACUAUUAUGAUCACUUCAAUGAGAUAACACUUAAAUCUUCUGAAACUAAACCAGAUGACCGAUAUGUUGUACUUAAUCAUGGCGAUCUAUGGACUACAAAUUUUAUGUUCGCCUAUGAUGAUCCAACAGUACCAAAAAUACCUACACGUGCACUUUUUAUUGAUUUUCAACUAAGUAUUUAUGCUAGUCCUGCUAUGGAUAUAAACUUUUUCCUCAAUACCAGCGUACAAUUAGAAGUAUUACAAAAAUAUCGUGAUGAUCUCAUUUAUGAAUAUUAUAGAACUUUCUCAGAAACACUGAUGCGUCUUCAUUUCCCAAAUAUUCCCACAUUUGAAGAUCUACAGCACGAGUUGCGUAGCCGUGAACUAUACGGUUUAUUUGGUCUUUACGGAUUUUACCCUAUGAUCAGUAUACCAAAAGAGGCAUCUGGCGAUAGCAGUAUUGAGACGUGGUCUGAUGAAACAUUUAAGAGAAAAAAAUUUGAUGCAUCUUUUUCCAGUGAAAAAGUCCAAGCAUUUCUAAAAUGGAAUUUAAAACGAAUGGAAGCAUUGGGGGUUUUUAAUGAUUUUUAAUCAUUAUUUGUAUUACGAGAAUUUAUCUGUAAACUGAAAAUGGAAAGAAAAAUUAAUUAUG